AUUAAUUCCAAAUUACAAACAUUGUCAUUUUGAAAAAAAAUCAAAACAUGGAUCUCGAUGAAGAAUUUGACAACUGUGAUGAAUUAUUUGAUUUUAGUGAUACUGAAAUGUGUGCUGAACAAACGGAUGAUAAAGAAUACAAUGAUCUGUCGGACAACACUGCUGGAGUAGUUGAAGAAGGAUUAGAUUUGAUAGAAAGCUUGAAUACAUUAAAAAUUGACAAAUCGGAUUGUUCAUUUACUUCCGUUAUUAAAUACGGCGAUUCUGUUGAAGGAAUGAAAAGAUCAGACAACACUACUGACAUUAAUGAGAAUUCUGAUGAUAAUAUUUUCCAUCCAUCGAUCUCAAUACCACUAUACUCAUUGAUUAUUAAUAAUUUCACCAUCAAAACGGAAGAUACUUGUUCUAUCGCAAUUAAUCCUGUAACUCAAGCAAUUUGUUUCAUAUCUAAUAACGAAGAAAAUAAGUUUCGCCUUGAUAUUCACGUAAAUGGUAUUACGAAAUACGAAAGAUUUGGUAGAUUAAUUGAAAUGCAACUACGACAUAACAUUAGAAAAUGGAUUAUCCCGGUAUAAUGUGUAUAUAUCCUAUAACUUGUAUAAUUAAAAAUUAAAAAUUAUUAUUUAUUAAAACAUAGGUAAGAAGAAUUAUUGACAAGGAUAAUAUUGAAAUUUCUAUGGAUCCAACGAAUGGGGAGAUCUAUAAUUCUAACAUGAUUUUAGCAACAGUUUCUGUUCAUGAAAAUUUUUGCAAUUUAGAAGCAAUGGACGCUGUAUAUGAG